AUGACUGGAAUUGACUUCACCGUUUUCAAAGGCUCCUCCACUGGACAGAUAGUCGAGUCGAAAACUCACAAGGAAAGCAUCAAACCAGACGAAGUUCUGCUCAAAAUCACCCAUGCCGGCCUGUGCGGUACGGACAUGCAUCACAAGACAUCGGACAUGGUCCUCGGCCACGAAGGCGUUGGCCUCGUACAGCAAGUCGGAUCGCAAGUCACCUCAUUCAAAGUUGGCGAUCGCGCUGGCUGGGGUUACCUCCACAAUUCAUGUGGGCACUGUGAUGAAUGCCUCAACGCAAACGAGAUGUUUUGCCCAGAGAGAGCCAUGUACGCAACUGCCAACACUGACCAAGGCGCAUUCGCUUCCCAUGCGGUGUGGAAGGCAGCCUUCCUCUUCCAUAUCCCCGAUUCUAUCACUUCCUCGGACGCAGCGCCAUUGAUGUGUGCCGGAGCAACGGUAUUCAACGCGAUGUAUUUGUAUAAUGUCCGACCUACAGACCGAGUGGCAAUUGUAGGUGUUGGUGGUCUUGGUCACAUUGCCAUCCAAUUUGCAGCGAAAAUGGGAUGCGAAGUUGUGGUUUUUUCUGGGAGCGAAAGUAAGAAGGAAGAAGCGAAGAGUCUAGGCGCAAGCGAGUUUUACGCCACGAAAGGUGCGAGCAAGCUGGAGAUUGGGAAGCCGGUUAAGCACCUAUUCGUUACUACUUCGCAGAUCCCUGAUUGGAAUCUGUUUCUCCCGGUUCUGGCGCCCAAUGCCACUAUAUAUCCUAUCACAGUGUCUGAGGGGAAUUUGGCCAUACCCCAUAUACCUCUCGUGUCAAAGGGGUUGACAAUACAGGGAAGCUUUUGUGCAUCGCGUGGGGUCCACGUCAAGAUGCUGAGAUUUGCUGCUGUCAAUGGCAUCAAACCCAUCACUCAAGAGUUCCCGCUAACGGCCGAGGGAAUUGAAGAAGCUAUGGCUAAACUCGAGGUUGGAAAAGUCAGAUAUCGAGCGGUAUUGGUGGCUGGGAGAUGA